AUGUACGAUAAGGAGAGAUCUGGAUCGGGUGACCAUCCGGUCAUGGCGGGGUUUCCCCUCACAAACUCCGGAACUAUUUCCGAUGAUAUCUGGCUUUGGAAAUGGAACGCCAUAUAUAUGAUUGCUGCUGCAUCAUGGAAGGCUGCAGAUACUCAUUCUAAUUCCAUUAUGGUGGUGUCCAAGUCUGACGCGAUCAUCAUUGUCGGUGGGGGUGCCUUUGGCCUUUCAUCCGCUCUCCAUCUCUCUCAGAAAGGAUAUACCAACAUCUCUAUAUUUGAGAAAGAUGAUAGCGUCCCACCUCGCUCUUCAGCAGCCAACGAUCUGAACAAGAUUGUGCGGGCGGAAUAUGAGGAUCAGUUUUAUACGGAUUUGACAAUUAAAGCAAUUGAUGCCUGGAAAACACCCCUGUUUGCCCCUCACUUUCACCAAACCGGCUUUCUGCAUUGCGUCUCUGGGGCUGCCCCUGAGAAGGCUGUCGACACAUUGAAUAGAUUCCGCGCCUCGGCCGAGAAAGAUCCUAAUAUGAAAACCCAUGUCGUCCCUCUAAAAAAUGUGAAUGACAUUCGACAAGCCUGCUGGCAGUUUGAUGGAGAGUUGCCAGGGUGGCACGGCUAUCUAAACCGGUUCGACGGAUACGCACACUCCGCCAAUGCUCUGGCAGCAGUCUACCGCGAAACUCAAGCAGCAGGUGUCCGAUUCUUCCUAGGCGAGCAAGGUACCGUAAACGAAAUCGUGUACAUGGAAACCCUGGCUGGCCGCAAAUGCGCCGGCAUCAGAACAAAGAACGGGCGCUUCCACCCCUCAUCACUAGUGAUCGUGGCAGCCGGAGCCGGAGCCGGUCGCCUCGUUCCCGAGAUUGGAAAAGAGGUUGUGGCUAAAUCUUGGUCGGUCGCCCAUAUUCAUCUCACCGAUGAAGAGACCUCUGCUUUACGAGGUAUCCCUGUCACCUAUGCGCGUGAUCUGGGAUUCUUCUUCGAGCCUGACCCAAAGACGAACCUGUUGAAGCUUUGCCCUAUGGGUGGUGGGUAUAUCAAUACCGAUCCCAAGUCUGGGGUAUCACAUGCGCCUGAUUCUGUAAACGAUAGUGCUUUCAUGCCCGAUGAAGAUGAGAAGCAGCUCAGGAAAUUGUUGUCUCAGACUCUUCCUUCACUCGCAGACAGACCUUUUGUUAGGAAGUCUCUGUGCUGGUUUGCUGAUACGAAUGACUCGAACUUUAUUGUCGAUUAUAUUCCCAAUACGUCCUCGUCUAUUAUGCUGUUGUCUGGGGACUCGGGCCACGGUUUCAAAAUGUUCCCGAUUGUUGGAUCUUGGAUUACUGAUCUCCUAGUUUCUGCUGAUGACACACAAUCUAUCACUCGCUGGCGGUGGAAGCAGCCUGCUCAGGAUACCGGGAAGCCUGAUUGGGGCGGUGAUGUGAGCUGGCGCCUUGGACAGUCUAGAGAGUUUACUUCCAUUCUUCCCCUAAAGUCUUCCAAACUAUAA